UUUACAAGUAUCUACAAAUACAGUGGCUUGCCUCGUACAAGGAGUUAUUUGUGUCAUGUUGGGUCGACCAACACCGCAACUAUCGUAACUACACUACCAACAGGGUUGAGAGCGAGCAUUCUUUGCUGAAGUCAGUUAUGCAUCAAAAGCGGCUUACGUUCCACAGAAUCGUUGAAUGUGUUAACUCUGUUGUCAGCGGGCAAUACACCGAAAUAAAGGGGUCACUGGAACAUUGCAGGCAGUACAAUCAAAAUAAACACAACUAUCCCUGUUUAAAGGAUUUUCUCGGUAAAGCCUCCCAUGUAGCCUUGCAAAUUAUGGUUGACGAAAUUGAUCGAUUGAAAAAUACACUAAAAGGGGACGUGUCAAAGUGCGGGUGUACAGUAUGGGCUAGCUGUGGCUUGCCAUGUUGUUGUCGACUUCUAACAUACAUGCAGGAACGAAGGCGUGUUCAAGAAUAUGAGAUAGAUGCAUUUUGGUGCAGGCUCGAUAUAAACCCGUCCACCUGCCUGCUUGGAAAUGUGAAGAAAGACUCGGAUGAUGACGAGCCUGUUGAGGACUUUUGUGGCGAGGUUACUACUGCCUUGGAACGACAACCAUAA